AUGUUAAAAAAAAUCUUUAGCAUAAUUGGAAACUAAUUAAACAAAAAUAAAUAAACAGUACUUCAUAAUCAAACUAAUAUUCAAGCAAAAAGGAGAACUUUUAUUUUCGAUUUUACAAAAUAUUUUAGAAAAAUGGAUAGCGAAGUUACAAACCAAAUGUAAGUUGAGGAGGUUCCUUAAUAGAUAAUUCAAGAAGAAUCUAAAUAGAAUAUUUAGUAGUAAAUUACCAAUUAACCAGUAGAUAAUACCUUUAUUUAGGAGGGAUAUGCUAAGAUCUAAAAGUCUUACAUUGAAAAUUCAGAAGAUGGUAAAAAGUUGUUAUCAGAAGUGUUCUACAACCCAGUUUAAGUUUUCAAUAGAGACUUAACUGUUUUGGUUAUUCAUAUGUUCAAGGAAUACUUAAAGGAAACUAGAAAGGAAAAAUUUGAUGGAAUAACUAUUUUAGAUGCUCUUUCUGCUAGUGGUCUUAGAGCAAUUAGAUUUAGCAAAGAACUUAAAGAUAUUAAGAAAGUCUAUGCAAAUGAUAUUUCCGAAGCAUCCCAUAAGUUAAUGAUGGAUAAUUUCAUAUUGAACAAUUUAGAUCUUAGCAAAAUUGAAAUGACUUUAAAGGAUGCCGUUUAGUUAAUGUAUGAAUAAAAGUUCAGGAGCUCAUCUGGAGAUAGAAAUGCUCGUUUUGAUGUAAUUGAUUUAGAUCCAUAUGGAACUUGUGCUCCAUUCCUUGACUGUGCCAUUUAAGGCGCUGUUGGAGAAACAUUACUAUGCAUUACUUCUACUGAUUCUAGAAUCCUCUGUGGACCAGAUACCUAAAAGUGCUACUAUUUAUAUGGAUCAUCAAGAGCUAAAAUCGCUGCCUAUGAAGAAAAUGCAGUUAGAAUUAUUUUAUAUACAGCUAAUAACAUCGCCAAUAGAUAUGGAAAGUUUAUUACACCUUUACUUUGUUACAUGAGUGAAUUUUAUGUUAGAGUCUUUCUUAUAAUCAAGCCUGGUAAACUUGAAUGUGGAAGAUCUUUAGUACGUACUGGUAAUGUUUUUCAUUGUGAUAACUGUUAGAAUUAAUACUUCCAAACAUUUGGUAAGUAAUCUAAGGCUAAGCAAAGUGAUGCCCAAAAGCACGUUCCUUAAAAAUUGAAUCUUCCUAGCAAUAUUUGCAAUUAAUGUGGAGAAAGCUUUACCAUCAACGGACCUAUUUGGACAGACAAAUUGAAUGAUUAGGAAUUCAUCUAAAAAACUAUUGAUUAUCUUAAUUCAGAUAAAUUCGAUUUACCUUUGGCUACUAAAAAGAAAAUUGAAGGAAUGUUGCACUCAAUUUAGCUUGAGUAAAAAGCUGGUGUUGAUAAUAUUCCUUUAGGAUUUAACUUUGAACACUUAUCCAAGAUGAUGAAAACUACAGUUCCAAGCAAAAAGAAAAUUUUUUCAGCAAUUAAAAGUUUAAAUUAUUCUAUUGAAUAAACAUACUUAAAUCCUGCUAUAUACAAAACAAAUGCUCCUUCUGAAAUAGUUUUUGAUGUUAUCAGAAACUGGAAAAGAACCCUAUAGCCAAAUGAUGAAGAAUUCUUCAGGGCAUUUGAUAAGGAAAGCUCUAAUUAUGCUAUAGUCUCUAAACCAAACAUAUGCUAGCCCAACUUCGAUUUAGAUAUUAAUGUUGAAAAUAAACUACCAAGAUGGCUUCCUAAUCCAGAGAAAAAUUGGGGACCAGGAAAGAGACCUGCUCAAAAACUUCUAGUUGAAGAAGGAUAAAAUGAAGAAAUCUAAUAAGAACAUUAGGAUAAUGGAGAUGAAUUAAAAAAGAAAAACAAAACAGAUUGA